UGCACAGAGGCCAAAAAGCAUUGCUGGUAUUUUGAAGGACUUUAUCCGACGUAUUAUAUGAAGAAGCCCGUUGUGAUUUGGCACGCGGAGGAUGAAUGACAUUCACCACGUCCACCUCAGCCCCUCCCGUCUGGGCCACCAGGUUGACAGUGGCCAGCUGUGCUAGUUCUGUGGAAUGCACUGGUAGCAGUUCUGUCUUCAUCAUUAGCACCCCCCCCCCCGCGGCCCCAAGCUGCUUCUAAGAAUGGAGUCUGUGGGUGGUGCAAAUGGUUAGCACGCUGAGCUGCUAACCAAAAGGUUCAGGUUCGAGUCUACCCAGGGGCUCCUCAGAAGAAAGGCCUGGUGAUCGACUUUGGAAAAAACAGCCAUUGGAAACCCUGUGGAGCACAGCUUUACCCUGACACACAUGGGAGGUACCAGAUGCCGCUCCUAUGAGGACUGCUGUGGCUCCAGAUGCUGUGUACGGGCGCUCUCCAUCCAGAGGCUCUGGUAUUUCUGGUUCCUCCUGAUGAUGGGUGUGCUCUUCUGCUGUGGUGCCGGCUUCUUCAUCCGGAGGCGGAUGUACCCCCCACCACUGAUUGAGGAGCCUGCGUUCAACGUGUCCUACACCAGGCAGCCCCCGAACUCUGCUGCAGGAGCCCAGCAGCCAGGGCCGCCGUAUUACACCGACCCCGGAGGACCAGGCUUGAACCCUGCUGGGAAUCCCAUGGCGAUGGCGUUCCAGGUCCAACCCAAUUCACCCCAGGGAAGCACUGCCUACCCUCCGCCCCCGUCCUACUGCAACACGCCGCCGCCCCCAUACGAACAGGUGGUGAAGGCCAAGUAAGCGGGGGCCGGGGACACCUGCCCGUGUGAAGAGGCACCACGGCCACACUGCAGGGAGACAAGUGGGCUCCCGGGUCCCACAGGCCCACACCCAGCCUUCUCUGUCCCCGUCAGUGUUCCUGUAAGGAGCGGUCUGACAAGCCGCUAAGGGCAAAUUUCACUUUGAUCUCUUCAAAGCAAGCACAGCUCCCUUUCAAGUUUCCACGGAGGACCAAUAUUUGAAUUCACACUGUGUCUCCUCUCACUUGUUUCUGUGUAAUCUGUGCUCUCAGGCAGUGCGGUGACAGUUGCCGAGGGUUGCAGUCUCCUAGGGUGGUGAACCCAGAUCCUCAAAAGAGAGACUGGGAGGAGGAGGGCGGGGGGGGGGUGUGGAAUGGGGGGCGCAGCUGAGUGGUGAGCACGCGCAGAGGGCCCAGGGUGCGGCAUUCUGUUGGGGCGCUAGGCAGGCUUCGCUCCACAAGAUCGAAACGCCUGCCCACUGCAGGGAGAUGGCCCGGUGGCAGGGACUGACUCAGAGCCGAGCCCCAGCGGGUCUUUUUCAGCCGAAUGCGCUGAGGGAGACAGGCAGCAGGAGGAUGUGUCUGGGCCCUGCUCUGUCCCUGCGCACCUCAGUGGCUCAUUGUGAAGACAUCCCCUCUGCACAACUGGGCUGGGAAGAGCAGGUGCGGCCCCGCUUCCACCUCCAGGAAUGAAGCUGGAUGUCUACAGCUCCCUGAGAACCACUACAGAACAUUUCUUACAGUCACGGGAAAUCACUCCCUGCCCAAUCUGGAAUGCUACGUUUUAUGAGUUCUUGGUCUGACUUGGAGAAAAAUUCUUCGCCCUUUUCCAGUGCGUUUGAGGAAGCACGUGCAUAAUGUCCUGCCCUUUGAGGUCGGAUGAGGAGUGUGUCUUCCUGGGAUGCUCAGGGCCGCUCAGUCUGUCAUCACACCUAGAGGUUCUUGCUGCUUCCGAAGGCAGCUCUGAGAUGGUGGGUUUGAUGGACACUUUCAAAGCAGAACUGCCCCACUCGGGCAUACCUGGCAUGGACGGCACAGUGGACUCCAGGGGGGAGGUGUCCCGUGGGAGUAGAGACUUCGGUUUUGAGCCUGGAGCAGCUGUGGUGGCAUUUGAUCUCAGCAGGUGUGUCUUGGCCUCUGAGGAGCGGGAGCAAGCUGAGAAAAAGAGGAGAAAGCAGACAUCCCAGGGCUGAAGAGAGAUUUCUUCAAAAAAUACUAAGUUGAUUUUUACUGAAUUUAGUGAAAUUAGAAUGCAAACCCCUGGAUAAGAAACAUGUCUCACCUGGAGUUGCUAACCUGAGCAGGGCCGUUCUGGUCCUUGGCAUAGUUGGUAGUGUUGAUAGUGUACCCAAACCCAAAUGUAGACCCGGUGUGUCAUAUAGCAGGGUGAAGCAGUGUAGCCAAGACACCUAAGUCCCCCUGUGUGUAGUAGUGUAGGUAGUGGGGAAGGGGCAGUGCUUAUUUUUGAAACGAUCUAAUUGGAGCCUCUUGAGAAAUUGUUACUCCUUGAACUUGAGCAGAGGGACAGCUCACUGGAGGAUGCUGAGUAUUUUCAUUACCCCAGACCAGGAGUCUUGGCCUCCAUGCUUUGCCAGGGUAUUUGUAUGUGGUAAAAACCCAGUUGUUGUAGAGUUGAAUUAGACCCAUCAGGACCCCACGUGUGUCUGCAUGGAACUGCGCCGCAUAGGGUUUUCAAUGGCAAAUUGUCAGAAGUAGCUUGCCAGACCUUUCUUCCGAGGUGCCUCUGGAUGGACUCGAACCUCCAAUCUUUCAGUUAGCCGUUGAGCACGUUAGCCAUUUGCACCACCCAGGGACUUCUUGUAAGGGGUAGGGAGUGAGCCGUAGGGAUGGGGCAGAAGUCACUGCUCCACGACUUGUUUGAGGAUAGAGACCUGGGAGCCUCCUAGGAAAUUGCACGGGAAAUGCUUGGGAACACAGUUUGUGAACACAGAUGCUACCUUUGUGUGACUUCUGACCUCCUGUCACUGACUGCAGUACCUACCCACACUCGCCUCCCUGGUUUAAACGAGAAGACAAAGCACAACGUUUGCUGUUUACAACCAAGGAACAACUACACAGGGUCCAAAAGCUCACCUUCCUCUAGGCCAUUUAUUUCGCAUUUUUAACUUCAAUUAGCACGUGGAGAGCUGGCCCUGGAAUUGCACAGGGUCCGGCUGAACAGGCACCCAAAGGCCUAUGACUAAAUUUUGUUGAUCUUUUUGAUAGCACAUCAUCUCAAGAGACCAGAUGAUUGGUAGUGCUCAACAAUUUUAUAUUCCCAUGUUUGUGUAAGGUGCGUUUUGUGUUCCCUUGAACCUGGGCUAGAACCCCCAGUGGACACUGGUACUGUGUACUGAAACCACCUCUGGUGACAUUUCCCGGCCAUUCUCAUUUCUUGUGUGCUGCUGGUGGGCUGUCCCCACCUUGUAGAGUGAGUGGCAGCCCCUGGCGUACCAGGUCCUGUAGGGCCCGUGGUUAGGAGAAAACUUGAAGCUGAUCUGUGCAUGCUUUUCCUCUGCAAUGUUUGGCUCAUUUCCUUAUUUUCUGUUCUUUUGAUAGGUUCCUGUUUCCUAUGUAUGCAAAAUAAAAAUAAAUUUGGGCA